AUGUUCUCGAGUCUCGGUCUUCUUGACCGGUUUCUGGCAAUAUGGAUCUUUCUUGCCAUGGCAGUUGGGAUCAUCCUGGGCAACUUUGUCCCAACCACAGGUCCAGCUCUACAAAGGGGGAACUUUGUGGGGGUCUCUAUUCCUAUUGCCGUGGGCCUUUUAGUUAUGAUGUUCCCCAUCCUGUGCAAGAUCCGGUUCGAAUCUCUGCAUCAUGUUUUCCGUGCAAAAGAAAUUUGGGUCCAGAUGGCCUUCAGCGUUCUUCUGAAUUGGAUAGUUGCCCCAUUUCUUAUGUUGGCCUUGGCUUGGGUGUUUUUGCCCGACGAGCCAGAAUUACGACAGGGACUGAUUCUUGUUGGAUUGGCACGCUGUAUUGCUAUGGUGCUUGUUUGGACAGGGCUAGCCGGAGGCGACAACGAAUAUUGUGCCAUCCUCGUCGCUCUCAACUCAGUGCUGCAGAUAGUUCUUUUCGCUCCAUUGGGGGUGUUCUUCAUCAGCGUCAUCAGUGGUGAUCCAGUGACAUUCGAAUAUUCAACAGCUGCCAAAAGCGUUGCGGUGUUUCUCGGAAUACCCUUGGGAGCCGCGAUCGUCACGCGUUUCGUGCUCCGACGAAUUUCUGCCAAGUGGUACGAUGAUACCUUUCUGAAAUGGCUGAGCCCAUGGUCUCUCAUCGGCCUGCUGUUCACAAUACUUGUGUUAUUCGCCUCGCAAGGCCGCCAUGUGGUGCACCAAAUUGUCUCCGUGGUUCGAGUCGCAGCACCGCUCAUCGUGUAUUUUCUGAUCAUCUUCUUUGCGACCCUCCUUGUCGCAUACAAAUUGGGAUUCGGUUACAAACUGGCCGCCGUGCAGAGCUUUACGGCUGCUAGCAACAAUUUCGAACUGGCAAUUGCGGUUGCGGUGGCGAUGUUUGGUGCGGAUAGUAACCAGGCUCUUGCUGCCACUGUUGGGCCCCUCAUAGAGGUUCCAGUACUGUUGGGCCUGGUAUAUGCUGUCAAAUUGAUAGCUAGACGAAUUUCUUGGAAGGAUUAA